AUGUCGACUCUCUCCACGGCGUCGUCGAACAUUGACAGUCCGUCGACGCCGCUACGGGCAACAGACCUGGACACUGGCCCGCAGCCGCAGCUGGAGCCGGCGGUAAAGCCGAGCGCCUACAGCCCGCGCCCGUCGGCGGCCUGGGGCGUGACCACCGAGGCUGCGCUGCUCUCGACCCGGCUGGACGGCAAGCUGCAGGCACUGGCCGACGAAACUGCUCGUGCCCAGGAGCGGCUGCAUGCGUUCGGCACUCGCCGUCCGGCGGAGACCUUGGAGAGCGCACGAACCGCUCGCCUCGGCGCCGCAGCUGCUCUGCACACCGAAGAGCUGGCCACGGCACAGGCAGCGGCGGCGGCGGCUCGAGCCCAGGCCCAGGCACUGGAAGCGCGGGUAGCAACCACCGAGCAUCGUGCACGUACCGCCAAUGCCCAUGCGAAACAGACCAUCGCCGAGCUAGAGGAUGCGCUCGAGGCCAAGUCGGAUUACGCCGAGCGGGUGCUGCAGCAGCUGGUGGCCCUCGCCGACCAGUUGCAGGUGGUCACCGCCGAGAAGGAGGGUCUUGGCGCCACGCUAGCGCAGACAGAGGCCGAGCUCGAGCGAGUCAUCGGUAUCGUGCAGGAGGUCCACGGCCGGAUGCGUGCAGAAGCCGCACAACGCGAUCAGGACGCACUCGCCGCAGACGCGCAGAUCGCGCAACUCCGCGCUGCACACGACGAAGCACAGGCUCAGAUCGCCGAACUCCGCGCUGCACUCUCCGAGACGUGUGCACAGGUCGACGAGCUGCGGCAGGCCGAGGCCGCAGCGUCAGCGCACGUCACCGGUGCCAUGGCUGCCCACGAGACGGCCAAGGCGCUGCUCGACGAGUCCGAGGCACGCAUUGCAGAGCUCGAGGCCAAGAACUCCGAGCUGGCCGAAGCGGCCAAGGAUGCCCAAGAAGCGUCGGCCCAAGCCCAGUCUGAAGCCAAGACCGAGAGUGCAGCAACUCGGCAGGCGCUGACGUCGCUCGAGGCUGAGCUCAACAGGGUGCUCGCCGAGCACGCGGCAUCUCGUUCCGAGACUCAGGCCCAGAUCCAAAGCCUGGCGUCCGAAAAGGCUGAGGCACUGGCCGAGCUGCAGGGCGAGCGCAUGCGGGUAGUGAGUCUCGGCGAGCAGCUCGGCCUCACCCGCAACAAGCUUGACGAGGCUCUCGGGCGGGUUCGCGCGCUGGAGGAAGCCCAGCUGGGAUACGCCUCUCGCGAGUCUGCUGCGCGGCAGUCGGCAGACAUGUUGCGAAGCCAGUUGCGGGCGGCACGCGAAGCUGCCGACGAGGCUAAGGGCAACGCGCGGACUACCGAGGCCCGGCUAGAGACCCAAAUUGCUGACUUGCGGGCACGGGGUGCGCAGCACGAGCGCGACACCGCGGCGCUGCAGUCUGACCUGGCGGCGCGAUCAGCCGAGGUCGAGUCACUGCUAGCGCAGCUGGCGGCGGCGUCCAACGAGUCUCGGGCUGCGCAGGAGCUGCUCGCCAAGCGGGACAGCGAGCUAUCCGAGUUGGCGGCAGCCAAGUCGCGGAUGGCUGAGGGCAACAAUGCGCUGCAGCGCGAGGUGGCUUCGCUCACCUCGCAGAUUGGCGAGCUCAAGGCUGAGCUGGGCCGGACACGUCGGGCCCGCGAUGAAGCCACCGCCAGCUUAGGCGUCAUGCAAGGCCAGGUAUACGAGGCCCAAGGCCAGAUCUCGACGCUCAACUCAAAGCUGAGCUCCGCAACUGGUAUGAUCGAACACCUCAAGUCGGAGCUGGGCGAGGCCGCAUCGCGUGAAUCUGACGCCAACAGCCGCGCUGAUGCCGCCCAGGUGCAGCAUGUCGAGCUGGUCUCGCUCACACACGAGCUCGAUGCUGCAGUCCGGUCGUUGCAGGGCCAGCUUGAGGAAGCGCGGGCAGCCAAUGCUGAGUACGAGGCCAAGGAAGACGAGACUGCCAACGUUUUGCAUACUUACCGUGAGCAACUUGACGCUCUGCAGGCCGAGCAGUCGGAGCUGAUGGCGGCGGCGACAGAGGUCGAGCACCGAACGGCCGCCGAGCUGGACGCCGCAGACAUCCGGACCGACGACUUGGAGCAGCAGGUCACCGCGCUGCAGCGGGACCUUGCCGAUGCCACCACUCGCGAGACGCAACUGUUGGGCCGACUCCGCUCGGCCGAGGCCGAGCUUGCAGAGCAGGCACCGCUUGUUGCCGAGCUCGAGUCGCUCCGCGCGCGCAUCACCGCGUCGUCGGAUGUCGGGCUGGCCGGUUCGCCGCGCCGGAGCUCGCCGUACCGGCGCGGCCCACUCCGCGGCGGCCCGUCGUCGGUCGAGGCUGCGCUUGACGACCUCUCCACCCGCGUCCACUACCAGCUCUCGACCAAUGCGGGGUACCGAUGA